GUAAAAAAAAUUCCACGCAAUAAUUAAAAAAAAAUAUUAAGACAUAAAAAAGCGCGGCAUGUGAAACAAACAUUUCAUCAGUUAAAAGCUUGAAAAAACUAUAGAUUAAAUGAAACAACAAAAAAUCUUCUCAAUGUCCUUCUACGGAAAUCCUCGCAUUUAAAAUUAGUUAUUAAAAAAGAAAACACGCAACAAAAUAAUAAAGUUGUUCAUGCAUUAACAUUAAGUAAAACAUAGAAAGCAUAGAAAAAAAUUCAAAAAAAAAAUUUAGCAGCAACGUACACGCACACAUACAUACAUAUAAAUUAAAACGUACGCAUUCAGCAAUAAAAUAAUUAUUGAAGUUAUUAUACAUAAGUGUUAAACAACUUAAAAACAAAACUCGCCAGUUUAGUUUUUGUCGAAAUAAAGUGUAUCUAAGCAGUGUCAUCGUUUUUAAGCGCUCAACAAUACCAAAGAAUAACAACAUUUAUAAGAUAUUAGAAAAAAGAAACAUAUAAAUAACGCAAAAUUAAAAAAAAAAAAUCGUUCAAAUAAAUUUGCGACCUACAUACAUACAUACAUAUGCAUACAUAAAUAAUUAAAGUACGAUCUUAACUUACAAUGUUGUGCUGUAGCAUAAGAUUACAGUGAAUUUGUUAGCCAAUAAACUAGGAAGUAUUGACCAGAAUUUCUAAGUACGGUCAUUGGAUUAUCAUUGCACGAGAAACAAAGAUUGGAGAGAAGAGUUGACGCCCAUUGCAGUUCAUCAUGGUACAGAUCACUGCCAUAAUUAAUCAAUAACUACACAAAUAAUGAUCCUCAAAGAAAAAUAGAAAGUAAGUAAUACUUAAGCACAUCGUAAAUAUUCGUCAAAUCAUAUUCGAUAGUGAAGGUCAAGUGAAAGAUUGAUGAUAAUUUAACGGCUAAUAAUAAAAAAAAAAUAGCCCUAACACGCAACAGCACAAAUUAGUUAUACAAAUUAGUUAUAAAUAAAUUGAAAAUAAACAGAAAUAAACCAACUGAAGCCAGUGGAAAUUAGAGGGGCAGCAUAAAACUCUUGGGUUGUAACUAAAGCUAAAACAAGAAACUUAAAAUAUAAAUGACAAAAUUAAAAGAUAAAUCUAAGUAUGCAAAACUGACAAAAAAAUUUGAAAACAACGGCUGAAUGCAGAGUAGUUCAAAAGAGAAUACGAAACUCGCCAUAUUACGUAGAAAAUUUAAGAAAAUAUAUUAAAAAAGAGAAAAACUAGAAAAAUACUUUCCAAAUGGCUGAAAAGCCUAGCGCAGAUAAGGCUGUAUAAAGCUUUAGAGCAUAAUUUGUGAGUGACACUACAUUUUGAAAGCACUUUAAAGCACUGCCGCUUAACUGAGGAGUGAAAGCUCUGUUAAACACUUUAACUUGAGGUUAAAGCUUUUUACGAAAAGCAGUGAAAAGUAAACGCAAAUGCGCGAAAAUGGUUCCAAUCGACGACGAAGACGAACACAGUCGCCAUGACGCAGAAACAAACGUAGCUAAAGUGAGCUCACAAAGGCAAAAGUGCAACUACGCUGCAACUAUAAAUGGCAGUGACAAACGCAAUACCACUUAUUUGCAUUUUUUACGCAAAACUCGAAGAAAAAGCAAUAAGCUCAGCUUUAAAGCAACCACGCCUACGUCAAAUGCACGCAAGUGUCAAGCGCUAAGCGCCUACUGGCAAAUGCUGCUGAUUCCGCAAAGUAAAAGCUUUAAUGGUAACAGGCGAUUCGAUAGCUUUCACAGUAUAAAAAGCUUACAAAGCUUGCAAGUUAAAGAAAGCGCACGCGAACAAGCAAUAAGCUAUAGAUGCACUUCAGAAAAUCAACUCAGCUCCGUAGGCCAGGAAGAUAGUCGUGAAAUCAAGCGAUAUUGUGGUGUCAAUUACAGCAAGAGUGAAGUCAGCUUAAGACGUUGUGGCAGUAUAGCUUUGGCACCAGCGCCACGUUGUAGGAGUAGUGAAAGUCAAAGCGCCGCAGUUAGGGAAUAUGAAUUGCAGGCGGACUUAAAGCCGUUUAGGUACAGCAAAAGCAGCGGAAACAGCAGAAGCAGAUACGCCAGUUGCGACUGGAGCGAAAAGUUCAACAGUUACAUAAUCAGAAGCAAUACUAAUGAAACAAAUGGCAGCUAUCGUAGAAGACCGCAAUCAAUUGAAAGACUGUGCAAACGCAAAAAAAGACGCUUGCGACGGCGUCGAAAAAGAAAAGCGCACAGAAAGAGACAGCUACAUGAAGAAAAAGAAGAGGAAGACGAAGAAGAAGAAGAACGCAAUCACAACACAAUAGCGACAUUUGGCGAGCAACUAGCCGUAGUACAUACAACCGCUAAAUCCGCAACAGUAGUCGCAUUUAAUGCACACGAAACUCAUAAAAGUGCAAUUGUCUCACACGCACAACCAGCAACAACUUGCACACCAACAACCGCAGCAACAACACAGCAUGACACGCUUGUCGACGUGUCAACAAUAGCAGCAAUAUCAUCACCAAUGCCAUACACAACAGGAACGCACGCACAUAAAUUGCCAGCUACCAAAACACUUCCAAAGCACCACGUCGUCGUCGUCGUCGUCGAUUGUCAUGAACGCAGCAAUAGCAGCUGUUGCAAUGGCAAUACAACUGGUGUGCAACAUCACUCAAGAAGUAGCAAUAAAAUGGCGACAAUAAACACAUGCACAACAGCUAAAUCAGCAAUGUCAUCAACAUCUUAUUCACCAACAGCAGCGGCAGCCUUCGACGCUGCAUCGCCUGCCAUACGACUGUCGGCCUUUUAUGCCGCAACUACACUGCGCCUAUUUUUAACCACAUUGACAACACUGAUCGCCAGCACAACACCAACAACAUUCACAGCCACAAAAUACUCAUGGAUUUUUCUAUGGAUAUAUGUGAAUUUAACUGCUAGAGUUGGUCUGGCAGGAUAUCAUGAAAAGAGACUGCUACACGAUCUUUUAGAUCCUUAUAAUACCCUAGAACGUCCGGUUUUAAACGAGUCGGAUCCAUUACAAUUAAGUUUUGGUUUAACUUUAAUGCAAAUAAUCGAUGUGGAGUGGAACGAUAUGAAUCUCCGUUGGAAUACAUCCGAUUAUGGCGGUGUUAAAGAUUUACGUAUACCGCCGCAUCGGAUAUGGAAGCCGGAUGUGCUGAUGUACAACAGCGCCGAUGAGGGCUUCGAUGGCACAUAUCAAACGAAUGUGGUGGUGCGCAAUAACGGUUCGUGUUUGUAUGUGCCACCCGGCAUAUUCAAGUCCACUUGCAAAAUCGACAUAACGUGGUUUCCGUUCGAUGAUCAACGUUGCGAAAUGAAGUUCGGCAGUUGGACAUACGAUGGAUUUCAGCUGGACUUGCAAUUACAAGAUGAAACUGGCGGUGAUAUCAGCAGUUACGUGCUCAACGGCGAGUGGGAACUAUUGGGUGUUCCUGGCAAGCGUAACGAAAUCUACUACAACUGCUGUCCCGAACCAUAUAUCGACAUCACAUUUGCCAUCAUCAUUCGUCGUCGUACUUUGUAUUAUUUUUUUAAUUUGAUCAUACCUUGCGUACUGAUCGCAUCGAUGGCGUUGCUGGGUUUUACACUGCCACCAGAUUCGGGAGAAAAACUAUCGUUGGGUGUUACUAUUCUACUCUCGCUCACUGUCUUCCUCAAUAUGGUGGCUGAAACAAUGCCCGCCACAUCCGAUGCCGUGCCACUCUUAGGUACAUAUUUCAAUUGCAUAAUGUUUAUGGUAGCUUCAUCCGUUGUGUCAACGAUUUUAAUAUUAAAUUAUCAUCAUCGAAAUGCUGAUACGCACGAAAUGUCCGAAUGGAUACGCAUCGUAUUUCUAUGUUGGCUGCCAUGGAUUCUGCGUAUGAGUCGUCCUGGUAGGCCACUAAUUUUGGAAUUUCCCACUACGCCAUGCUCGGACACAUCAUCGGAACGAAAACAUCAGAUAUUGUCCGAUGUUGAACUGAAGGAGCGCUCCUCGAAAUCGCUGCUCGCCAAUGUGCUCGACAUCGAUGAUGAUUUUCGACACAAUUGCCGCCCGAUGACGCCUGGCGGCACAUUACCGCACAAUCCCGCAUUCUAUCGCACCGUUUAUGGCCAAGGUGAUGACGGCAGCAUUGGUCCGAUCGGUAGCACACGCAUGCCGGAUGCCGUUACGCAUCAUACGUGUAUCAAAUCAGCAACGGAAUAUGAACUAGGUUUAAUUUUGAAGGAAAUUCGCUUUAUAACCGAUCAGCUACGCAAAGAAGACGAGGAAAAUGACAUUGCCAAUGAUUGGAAAUUCGCAGCUAUGGUCGUUGACAGACUGUGCCUUAUCAUAUUCACAAUGUUCACAAUAUUAGCCACAAUAGCUGUACUACUAUCAGCACCACAUAUUAUUGUCUCGUAGCCAUAUGAGCGAGGUUAUUGUUAUUGGUUUUAUUAUAAAAUCAAUUUGUUAAUUAUUAAA